GUCGAUAUACGAAUGAGACAUACAUAAAUAAAUCAAACAAAAACAAUGUUCAUUCAUAAAUUAAUAUCAGCUGAUUUGCUGAUUCUGUGUCCUCCAGUACCCGGCGAGUGCAUAAUGAUUUAAAAAUAUAUAUACUGACAAUGGUUCAAAAUUAAAUUAAAAAAUCCAACAUGAUUCAUCUGAAUUUCUCCAUCUGGAUUAGCUAUGUUUUCUAUUUGUUCGGAACGACAAUACUGUGCAUCAUACUAAAUGGUUCCUACUAUUUUUACGGGUGGUAUUAUUCCAACACACCUUCAAAGCGCCAAUAUGACUACAUCAUUGUAGGAACCGGUACAGCAGGUUCCAUUAUCGCCGCAAAAAUUCCGUCCAAGGAUGUGCUCAUCGUGGAAGCAGGUUCAAUGCGAUCUGGUUUGCUGGAUGUGCCAUUGCUGCAACCGCUGUUGCAAGGAACACGCUACGAUUGGCAGUACCGUACGGAGCCACAAAAGGAUGCCUGUGGAGCGCUGGUCGAAAAUCGCAGCGCUUGGCCAAUGGGUAAGGUCUUCGGUGGAACACACAUGCUUAACAAUAUGAUACAUUACAGAGCAGAGAUAAAAGAUUUUAUUGGGUGGUUCGAUCGCGAAGAUGAAUUACAAUCGUUUCUAGAAUACUUUGAACGAUGGGGAGACGAUGCGAUGAUUCCAAUGGAACAGACACAAUUUGAAACCGAUUUAAGCACUGCUUUUAUAAAAGCUGCAGAUCAAGCAGGACUUAAUGAAAGUCUUUUCUAUAGACCAAACGUAACCACGAAAGGAGGGAGACGUUCAACUGCAAGCCAUCACAACUGGCAAAAUUUGCAGCUAGGACAUGAACUCAUCUUGAAUGCUGAGGUGACUAAAAUCAUCGUUCAGAAUAGCAAAGGAACCGGGCUUGUAAUUAACAAAGCUGGGCAAACAUACGAAAUAAGUGCUGUGAAAGGGAUUAUUCUGGCUGCUGGAACAAUUGGUAGCUCUAAAAUUCUUCUGCAGAGUGGAAUUGGACCCAAAUUGCAUCUAAUAGCAGCAGGUAUUCAGCCGAUUGUGGACCUUCCGGUGGGUGAAAAUCUCCAAGAUCAUAUCACUACUGGCAUGGAUUUAGUACUUCUGUCGAAACGAAUGCCCAUGCAACCAAUGGACCUAAUACAUCCUUCAAACAUAUGGAAAUACCUCACAAACAGAGGAAUGAAUUCGUCUUUAUCUUUCGGAGGAUGUGAAUGUCUUGGGUUUGUAAAUUUAGAUUCUAGUUUUACUCAUAACCUAGGAUUUAUGGUGCUCCCAGUGGGAAUUACAAUUGAUACAGGAUUGCAUCUGCGGAAUUUGAUCAAUCUACGUGAGGACAUUUGGCAGCACUAUUUUGAACCAUUGGUGAACCAGGGCCAGCAAUCCGUUACUAUCCUUCCUAUUCUACUUCAUCCGCAGAGUAGGGGACAUGUUCGAAUAAAGAACAAUAAUCCACAUUCCAAUCUUAUUAUUGAACCAAACUAUCUUCGAGAGAAGCAAGAUAUUCAUCUUCUAACGACGGGUCUAAAAAUACUUCAGCACAUACUAAGCCAACCAGCCAUGCGAGAUUUAGGGGCGGAGAUUAAUCCAAAACCAUUUCCAGGAUGUGAAAACAUUCAGUUCGGAAGCGAUUCGUACUGGGAGUGCUACAUAAGGUCUUUGACGCUAACCCUGUACCAUCCUGUUGGUACUUGUCGAAUGGGAGCUGACCAUGACCCGGAAGCAGUUGUCUCUAACAAGGAUUUCAAAGUGCACAAAUUAGACAAUGUUUACGUCGUUGAUGGAUCUGUGAUGCCUAAUUUACCCAGUGGGAAUCCUAAUUCUGUGGUUGCAGCCCUGGCAAAUUAUUUUUUGAAGGUAAAUUUUUUUAAUAGAUGAAACAUUUUAUUGUUGAAUAAAUGUUGAAUGCAAUAACCAUAAA